CAAAACAGUGCAUCAUCACCCUAGCUAAGAGGAGCACGUGUCACUCUCUCCAGCGUCGCCUUCUUAACGUAUUUCUCUCUCCCGGUGUGUCAUACUUCUUCCAUAGUGACCGAGGUGUGUCUGUGAAUUCUCUCUGAAUUGUCGUUGUGUUCACUACGUCUGAGCGUGAUUGUGGAAUUGAUAUUAGAGUUGAGGAAGGGUAGUGAGGAUGCCCGGAACCUGCCGUGCUAAGAUGCGGGUAUCCUAGCCAGGUCCUCUGCCCUGUGGGCCAACUCCCAAACUUAAGCUACUACCACCCACCAUCCUCCUCCAUACCACACUUCCUUCCUUAAUUGGUGGGACGGCGCCAUCAGCAGCAGCAUGUCAGAUGGGAUGGUGAACAAUAUAACACUAUGGCAGUUCCUGCUGGAGCUGCUUCUGAGUAACCAAUACAAGCACAUCAUUUCAUGGACCAACGCCGAGGGAGAAUUUAAGCUGCUUAACGCUGAGGAAGUGGCUCGACUGUGGGGUCUGCGCAAGAACAAAACUAAUAUGAACUAUGACAAACUGUCCAGAGCCUUGCGAUAUUACUACGACAAGAAUAUCAUCAAGAAAGUCCUUGGACAGAAGUUUGUCUACAGAUUUGUUUCUUUUCCAGAGAUUGUUAAAAUGGAGAACAAAAUUCCCUUCCAUGUAAAGAUGGAGAGUCUGGGUAAUAAUAGUAAUACUAAAGUUGCCAGUGGAGGGAUGUCGCCUUACUCACCAAGUGCUUCAGGACUACAACCCGGUGCCCUCUCCCCAUCUAGUAGUCAUCCUGGUGGUUCUAGGCUACCUUCACCUGCACAUGCUUCAACACACCAUCUGACUACACCGCCACCAGCUCAUAUUGGCUCCUACUCCUCCUUGAGUCCUUUGGCACAUAUGUAUUCUGCAGCCUUUUCCCACAUGGCUGCAGCAAGUAUAGGAGGGUAUCUAUCUGCAUUAGCACGGAGGCCAGAGCCUGAAUCCCCUGCACCAUCACAGCCACCACCUACAUUAUGGCCACCAGAUCUUGGCCAGCGUUCACCGUCUCCACCCUCAGAAGACUCAACAGAUGGUUUACCCUCAGCACCAUUACAUCUUGUAACAGAAGAAGCCAGUCGCCGUCGUAGAGAAGAGGAAGCUGAGGAACGCAGAAGAGAAGAGGAACAACGCCGCCCACGCUCACGUUCUCCACGCUCGCAAUCUCCAUACCAGCAUUCACCUAUUCCAUCAUAUCAACAAUCACCUGUGCCACGUGUGCGCUCGCCCCUUCGUCAAAGGUCACCAUUGCCCUCUCCACCUCCCUUGUCACCUCUUACACCACCUCCAGUUCGGGAACAUAAACUAGUCCCUUGUAAUCCUGCAUCUUCUUCAGCCACCACUUCUGUCACUGGGACCAAUGCCGGGCCAGGCAAGGGACGCUCAGGACCAAAACCUAAGCCAUCUCCCCUCUCUAUUGAAGCUAUUACUGGAUCUCCACCUGUCUUAUCACCGCGCCAGUUUUCUGCAUCUAGCUUAAAUACUCCAUUAGUAAAUCUACCAUCACCACCUUAUAGUGGUGUAGGCACAAAAUCUCCAUACCUACCAUUUCAUUUGUGGUCUAGUUUGAGCCCAUUAGCAAGCUUGAGUCCACAUUAUGGGUCACCAAGAAAUCACCAUCAUUUCACCUUCCCUGCACUGCCACAGUACUCUCACUUACCUCCACCAGUUGUUUCCCCUCUCAUUCCUACCACAACUUUUGAUUUCUCUGCACUCACUUCACCUACAGAGAAGACAGCCACCGUUCCAGUUCUCCAAUGACCUGAGGCUGUUCGUGCUGCUCGCCCCACCCACUCCCCAUGCUCUACACCCCCCACAACCACAUCCAGUGCCAGCAGUCUACCACCUAGGUAGCGCAGCUGGAAUUUAGGGAUACUGUAGGUUAUUGUGGAUGAGUUGCUUUUGUGCCUUCAGGAUGUGGAUCCUGUGGACUCAGUACAAAAUAAGACACGAGUAUGGAGUGUAAUUUUUUUCUAUUGUCAGGUUAUAAACAGGGCGGUGGCAUGGACAAAUGGUGCUGGGAAAGCUCUUGUUAGUCUUAAUUCUGCCCAUCAACUUUUCUGUUCCUUUUGCCCAUAAUGGGCAGGUUUGUUUGGCUUUUAAUCAGUGUUAUCUGACAAACUUUAUUGUAACUAUAGUUAAGUUUAAAAUACUGUAAUUAAAUCUAAAUGUCUAAUGAAUUUAGUUAAGUCCAUGAUAAUGGGCAUUUCUAUUAGAACAGUUGACAAGGUCACAAAAAAAAAUUGACUGAGGGCAUUUUUCUUGUGCCAAAAACAUUAGUUGCCCAUAAUUUGAAAAUUUAUUGGGCUUAAGUACUGUAACUAAUUGUGGUUUGGACAACAAAUAGUUUUGGAUGAAGACAAAUGGCCCCUAAUUAGGGCAUAAUUAUUCAUCCUGUUUCUGAAUAAUGUUAACUCAUACAAGACCAUAUUCUCUACUUGGAGUCUGGUGGAUAUUGUACAGUUUUUAUUAUUGGUUUUUAUGUCCUAUGGUGCUUUCAUUGUAGGUUUAUCUUCAUAGGCUUGAGAUGACCAGUGCUCUCACUUUUACCCAUUGUUAAUUCAGAGGCAUUAUAAUUCUCACCAUUAAUUUUCCUUUGAUCUGCCUUUUGUGGUACAGUAUAUAUAUUUGUUGGAAGAGAGGAUGGGGUUAUUUUGUUAGGUAAAAAUCUCCCAAUGUGGGUUUUAAUCACACAGUUGCCCACUUAGUUGAGCUUCUGGUCAUUUAACAGGCCUGCUGACUUGUGUCUACCCCAUAAAACAAUAUCAUCAUAGGGGGACAAAUUUAAUAAAAAGUGAAUGUGAAACAAAAACUUACACUUAAUAUUGGUUGUACUCCUACAACUGGGCCCUGAUCAGGGAUGGCUUUAAUUUUAGAGUCAUUUAACUACUUUCAUUGUAGUGACAGCGACUGUUAUUACAAGUUGUCAAUUUUGUCAGUUACAAAAUUUUGACAUUGCACAUCACAUAUAUAUUUUUUAAUAGCAAACACUGUAUAUGCAUUCAAUAACUGGUACCAGGGCAUUAUUCUCUAAAUCCAGUUAUUAAUUUUUCCAUCAUCCUACUUAUAAUUUAUUAAUACAAUCAAAACUAAGUGCUAAACCCACAAGGGUCAUUCAGCCCUACUUAUAACUAUUCAUUACAAUUCAUAUUUAUUUUUAUAUUUCAUCUUGAUUCGUCCAUGUGUCAUUUUUGGUCAUUUUAAGCUAUAUUAUUAAUUUUCUUAGUUUAUUCAUGCAAAUUAAUGGUUGAAAAAAAUUUUAGUCAGUUCAAUUAAAAAUUCUCUCUUAAAUGCCACAUCUUUAUCGUUGGUUAUGUUAAGUGACAAAUACUUUCCCUUGUCAUAAUGCUAUGCUUAUGUAUUUUUCUCUUUUUCUAAUUAAUGAUUCCGCUUGUUAAAACUUACUUUGCAUACAGAAUUUAUGUAUGAAAAAUCAAGUUAUGGUAACAUGUUCAGAACAAGAAAAUUAAGUUUUGUUAAGGUGCAUCAAGUUUCCCUCUUGCUCAUCAUUUUAGCCAGUUUUCUCUCCCAACAUAUUUUCAACAUCGUUGUUAUAUCAACAUAACUUGAAAUUGCAAAAAAUAUUAGUGACUUUUAUAUGUAACAACUUUUCAGCAGAUGCCUCUUGCAUAACAUGACAAUCAACUUUAACUGGCAACAUCAUACUCAUUCUUUCAUUGUCAUCUGGUGUAAUAAUCAUUAGUUUAGCUAUUCAUCAUAUGCACCCCCAUUUGUCAUACUGCCAUGAUGCCUCGAGUCCAAACCAAGUUGUUACAAGAAGUCAACUUCAUUUUUUGUUGAUUUUGGUAAAAUCCUUUAUACUCUCAUCAAAUUAACACUAAAAAAUAAAAUAGCAAUUAGUGAUAGUACAGUGUUAUUUUGCAAUUAUUUGUUGGAUAUUGAACUGUGAUAUGCAGAAUAAUGACGUCAUUCAAUCAACAUUCCUAAAGUGAGACCAGUUAACUGUUGGCCAGUGUUGGAGUGACGUGAAGAUGCCAAGUAUGUUGUUACGUGUUAAUGACGCGGCCAUUCCAUUGACCAAUAGGUUUUGUCCAUUGGUGUGUUUUUAUUGUCUUGUUGUAUGGAAUGAGAAUGUUGUGUUCAAUUUUGUAUGCUUAAAGAAAACCACUGCAAGUCGUUGAAGGAUACGAAUGCCUUAUGUAAAUAGUUGUACAUGACUUAGAGCUGUUAAGUUAGUGCCUGUAUUGUGUUGUCCUGACAGAACCUCCUUGGGGUGAGUUCUUAUGAGUUUAUGGGAUCCAGUAAGGCAUUUUCCAAUAUAUAUAAACUCAUGUUAAUUUACAGGUCAGCAUUUACUCACCCCAAUAUUUCCAUUUGUAAAUGUUAAAGGGGGCAGGCCUUGAAACUGUGGGCCCUCAACAAAUAUUCCACAAGAUUACCUCGGGACUGAUCCAGUGGUCUUCUGUAUAGUUAUUAAUAGAGUUCCUCUAAAAGAAUGUUGAAAAGAUUUUGUGCUGUAUUCACCAUUUGUUUAUUGUACAGAAAUGUGAUAAGCAAGUUGGGCCCUGGAUCUAGCAUUACUGUAUAACUUAUAUCCGGAAAUGAUGUACUUUCUGUUGCAAGAGGCAACUUUUUAAGCCAACUGCAUAAUGUACCCCGUGCCAUAAAUGCACCAAACACCUCAGGAGAUGUACAAUUCAGGCUGUUAUUCACUUAUUAUUGUGGCUAACAAACCACAUAUUGAAACUUUUUAAACAUUUUUAUAAAUUAGGUAAUUACUGAAAUAACCUAAGUCAAAAUAGAUGUAUUGCAAGGACUGCUAACAAGGCAGCUUGUCUUUGUGGUGUUUCUCUUCACAACUCCAAUGGGUACUUACCUGAGCAAUGAAUUUACAGUAAAUCUACUUGUUACUCAAAAUUACAAAUUGAAGUGCCAAAUACUGUUAAGACAUGUUAGGUUAAGCCCAAUAGUGAUGGUAUUGCAGCCUGUUUAAUGUUUCAGGUAGAAGAGUAGUUAUGCCAAAUAAGUUUAUCAUGAAGAUUUCAUGAGUUGGAUACCUUCGUUGUGUGACUUAUCCAGAAAUUUUUUUAAUAGGGUCAUAUUUUUAUCGUUUCUAAACAAAAAUUUACUAAAUGCAGAAGGAGGUUGCAUAGCUCAAGUAUUUUUAUUGUACUCCCUUUGUGAUAUACAAGUGCCAUUUGAGAAUAAAAUGGACAAAAUUG